AUGGCGGGUCGCAUUCGGGAGGUUUGGGCCCACAAUGUGGAGAGCGAGAUGGCUGCUUUGCGGGAAGCCAUCAUCAAGUAUCCCUACGUCGCCAUGGUGAGUCGCGCCGUGCUCAUCUGACGCGAUCUCUGAUGCUGUAUGCUGCUGUAUGCACUGCCCAUCAUGCUGAUCCUAUCCCAUCUAAAACACGCCCCAUUGCGCGUACAGGACACUGAAUUCCCAGGCAUCGUGGCAAGACCGAUCGGAACUUUCAAAGGAUCCUCCGACUAUCACUACCAGACACUGAGAUGUAACGUGGACCUCUUGAAGCUCAUCCAGCUGGGUAUCACUCUGAGCGACGAGAACGGAGAGCUGCCACCGCCCAACGAGGUCUGCACUUGGCAGUUCAACUUCACCUUCUCAGUCAAGUGAGUGUGUCAAGCAGCCUCGCUGACUUCCACGUGCGCUAAAUUCAAGCGAUCUCACAUUCGGCGUCGACCAGUGACGAUAUGUGCGCUCCCGAAUCACUUGAGCUGCUGCACAAAGCCGGACUGGACUUUGAGAGGCAUGAGAGGAUGGGCAUAGAUGUCGAGCACUUCGGCGAGCUCCUCAUCACUUCUGGCUUAGCUCUCUUUGACGAUGUCAAGUGGGUCAGCUUCCACUCGUGAGUGUCUUCGAUGCGAACGUACAUCAAGCACUUCACUAUCAUCGUUGACGCGUGUUGCUCGUCAUCUCAGGGGCUACGACUUUGGCUACUUGUUGAAGGUGGUGACCUGCUCCCCUUUGCCCUCUCAAGAGUCAGACUUCUUUACGCUGCUUAGGCUUUGGUUCCCAUGUGUAUACGACAUCAAAUAUCUCAUGAGGAGCUGUAAGACGCUCAAAGGAGGACUCCAAGACGUUGCUGACGAUCUCGGGGUCUCUAGAAUUGGCCAGCAACAUCAAGCGGGUAGUGACUCUUUGCUUACUGCGAACACAUUCUUCAAGCUGAGAAACGUCUAUUUUGACGGGGUCAUCGAUGACUCGAAGUAUCUGUGAGUAGCAAGUGGCUCGAAGGCCGUACUUUGGCUCCAUCUCUGACAUCGGUGCCCUACACCUCAUGUAUCUUGCUCGUUAGCGGCUGUCUGUACGGCUUCAGCACUCACACAAACCGAGCUGUGGGUAGCACGACUGCUUCUACACCUGCUGCGAAUGCUGCUGCUGCUGCUGCUGCUGCUGCUGCUUCCGGCGUCUCCAGCUCCAUACCCACGACGCCAUCUCAACACGGCCCAGAGACUGGCAUGACUCCCUCCAAAGCCCACCCUAAUGCAUCUGACAGGCGAGACUUCUCCAAGACGCCCAUGGGAACAUUGGGAGGUGAGAGGUAA